GGUGCCCUGCACACCAUGGACCCCAGUGGCCAGGGCUGUGCACUCUCCUCACUCUAUGUGGGCGAUCUGCACCCCGAUGUGACUGAAGCUAUGCUCUAUGAGAUGUUCUCCCCCAUUGGCACUAUUCUGUCCAUCCGUGUGUGCCGGGACGUGGCUACCCGACGCUCCUUGGGCUAUGCCUACAUCAACUUCCAGCAGCCUGCUGACGCGGAACGGGCACUGGACACAAUGAACUUUGAGAUGAUCAAAGGCCAACCCAUCCGUAUCAUGUGGUCCCACCGAGACCCAGGGCUUCGAAAGUCUGGUAUGGGCAACAUCUUUAUCAAAAACUUGGAGAAUUCCAUUGAUAACAAGGCUCUCUAUGACACCUUCUCCACCUUCGGGAGCAUCCUCUCUUCUAAGGUAGUAUAUAACGAGCAUGGAUCGCGGGGCUUCGGCUUCGUACAUUUUGAGACUCAUGAGGCUGCCCAGAAGGCUAUCAACACCAUGAACGGGAUGUUGCUGAAUGACCGAAAAGUCUUCGUAGGCCACUUCAAGUCUCGACAGAAGCGGGAGGCAGAGCUGGGGGCUCGGGCCCUGGGGUUCACCAACAUCUAUGUGAAGAACCUCCAUGUGGACAUGGAUGAACAGGGCCUCCAGGACCUCUUCUCCCAAUUUGGAAAGAUGCAGAGUGUCAAGGUGAUGAGAGACAGCAAUGGCCAAUCCCGGGGCUUCGGCUUUGUCAACUUUGAAAAGCAUGAGGAAGCUCAGAAGGCCGUGGACCACAUGAAUGGGAAGGAUGUGAGCGGGCAGCAACUGUAUGUGGGUCGGGCCCAGAAGCGGGCAGAGCGGCAGAGCGAGCUGAAGCGCAGGUUUGAGCAGAUGAAGCAGGAGAGGCAGAACCGUUACCAGGGUGUGAACCUCUAUGUGAAGAACCUGGACGACUCCAUCAACGACGAGAGGUUGAAGGAAGUUUUCUCUGCCUAUGGAGUGAUCACCAGUGCUAAGGUGAUGACAGAAAGUAGCCACAGCAAGGGGUUUGGCUUUGUCUGCUUUUCCUCUCCAGAAGAAGCAACAAAGGCUGUGACCGAGAUGAAUGGGCGCAUCGUGGGCACUAAGCCUCUGUAUGUGGCCCUGGCACAGCGCAAGGAAGAGCGGAAGGCCAUCUUGACCAACCAGUACAGGCGGCAGCUGUCGCGCCCUGUCUUGAGCUCCUUCCAGCAAACUACCAACUACUUAGUGCCUGCUGUGUCCCAGUCUACAGCACCGGCCAUGUACUAUGGUUCUGGCUCUAUGGCUCCCAUACAACCUGACCCCAGGUGGACAGCCCAGUCACAUGGACAUUCAUCUGCCUCAGUGGUCCAGUCUCUAAGCACGAUGCAGCACUCCUAUCUUCGCCUGAACAGUGCCUGCCAGGCCUCCAGCCAUAUGCCUCACUUGCAGAGCGUAGUCAACAUUGGUACUCAGACUACAGGCUCAGGUGGGGAGGGAUGCUCUAUUCCAGGCCAGUCUCUCCUGACACAUAGAGGACCUUCAUCUGCACACAGUGCCCAUGGGGUCCAGGAGUCGGCUGUAUAUGUCCCUGGCCAUCAGCCUCUGACUGUGUCCAUGCUGGCUGCCGCACCCCUGCAUGAACAGAAACAGAUGAUUGGGGAGCGUCUCUACUCCCUCAUCCACGAUACCUGCGCCCCACUGACUGGCAAGAUCACAGGCAUGCUGCUGGAGAUGGACAACCUGGAGCUUCUGUUUUUGCUGGAGUCCCCAGAGUCCCUCCAUGCCAAGGCAGAAGAGGCGCUGGCAGUGCUGUGGGCUCAUCAGGAACUGGAGUCAGCAGAAAGCAACAGGAACUGA